AUGGUUGAAUCCUUAGACUCUGACGAGGAUGAUGAUAAUGGUAAUUUGGAUAAUAAAGAAGAUAAUGAGGAUGAGGAUGAGUAUAAUGAUGAUGCUGGUGAUGAAGAAGAUAAUGAUGAUGAUUCAGAACUUUGUAAUAGAAAAAGUGUUGAUGAGGAAGAAGACCCUAAUAAAGAUGAAGAACAAUCACCAGCUAGUAUGGGAAAAUACUUUCAGAAAAUGAACUCUCCUCUAAGGUUGACUAAUGUUGAAAGGGAUGUGGCUACAAUGAAGAUACUUAUGGCCUUGGAUGAUGAUGAUGAUGAUAUGGUUGUUGAUGAUACUCCACCAAAUUCUAUAGGAAUGAACCCACCUUCACCUCUUCCUUCAUCAAUAAAUAUUCCUUUACCAUAUAAUCCUCCUCCUAGAACUCCUCCACCACCUCCUAACUCUCCUCCCGAACCUGAUGUUACCAAAAAGGGGGAGAAUAAUAAAGAGGAUCCUUAG